AUGCCCCAGGUUCUCAUGCGCGUGAACGCCAUCACAUGCCGGCUCCGUACUGUUUCCAUGUGGCACUGGAAACUCAAGAAUUCGUUCGCCAAUGACUUCUUCGGCAAGUAUGGUAGUGGGGUGUGGAGACCGGGUAUCUCAUCCGCGGCUUGGGUCGCAGACGAGGGUUUGGAAAUUUCGCUGCGGUAUCGUCUCCCGAUUCGUGUGUUCUUUUUGCGCGUACCCUUCGGCAGCUUCGGCAUGAAUAGCCCAACGUCGCUUUCGACAGCCGUGUUACGAUUGCACAACAAACUCGCCGUAUGA